AGUCUGUAACUCCAUUCCUAGGAGAGCCUAUGCCUUCUUCUGGCCUCUGUGGGCGCUGCACAGAGGCCAGAGUUACACAGAAUUACACAGGCAUCCAUGCAAGCAGAGCACCCACACACAUGAAAUAAUAGUUACAACAAUGGAAAAACUGUGUGAAUCUGUUUUUGUUAGUUUGUGUUUUGAUCUUUAGACCAGGCUGGCCUCGGAUGCACAGAGAUCCAUCUGCCUCUUCCUCCCCAGUGCUGGGAUUAAAGGUGUGCACUAUCCCUGCCUUGUAUGAAAACUGUUCUUUGAUUUUUUUACUGUUACUUAACAAAAUAUCUCAGAGUUUAGUCAUUCGUCUCAUAAACACAAACAUAAAUAAAUAAUUAAAUGAUUUUUUUUAAGUGGGCUGAAGAAAUGGCUCUGCUGGAAAGACUGUACUUUUCUUUCAGAGGAUCAAAGUUUGGUUUCCAGCAUCCACAUUGGGUGUCACAUAACUACCUAAUUUUCACAACUCCAGCUCCAGGAGGAUCUGAUAGCCUUGAUUUUCCUUUGUGCUCAUGCGCAUAUACCCAAGGCACAGACACACAGAUACACAUAAUUAAAGAUAAUAACAUUCAAAAAUUGUGUGUCCCGGUGUGGGUAUGUCCAUGUGAGUGCAGGUACCUGUGGAGGCCAGAAGAGAAAAUGAGUUGAUCCUCUGGCUGGGUCUGGAGUUACAGGUAGUGUGAGCUGUCCUGCAUGUGUGCUGCGGUUGAACUCUUGUUCUUUGUAAGAGCAAUAAAUGCUGAGCCAUCUCUUCGGACCCUAAAAUAAUAGAAAAUAAAAUGGAUUGGUAAUGUGGCUCAGUGGUGGAACAUUUGCUUAGCAUAUUUUAUCCUGUGUUCAGGCAGUCACACUACACACUGAAUGUUUAAAAGCUCUGAAUGAAAGUGACAGUAUUAUCUGGGAUAUGUCAAGGAUUUGUCAGUCAAGACCAGGAGAUCUUACUGAUGUCAUAACGUAGCAGAAGUGUUAAGCUCAUUAAGGUAACUCGUGAUUUUGGUGUUUGCUGUGUGACUGCAGCUGCUGUUAUGCAGUUUUCCAUAUGUGGAGUUGGGAGGCUUUGUCUGGGGGUUGGUUGACUUUCCUAUAGCUGCUUGAAAGGAGGGGGCUCUUGUUGACUUUGUUUUCCACCAGGAAGGCGCUAUAUGCAGACAUAAACAAGUGGAUAUUAGCAGACACAGACCAGCCCUGAUUCCUCCCAUUUGUUUGUACCCCAAGCUGGUUUCUAGAGCUUUUAUGAGAUGGACUCAGGCAGCCAAGGCUGGCUUCAAAUUCAUUAUGUGCCUGAGAAUGACCCUGAACACCACCCUUCACCUCCCAAAUGCUAGGAUGACAGGAGUGGAAUAUAUUGUUUGACUUUUUUUGAGGGGUAGGGUGGGGACUGUUUAGGUCUUAUUAUAUAGUCUAGCUGGUCUGGAAUUCAGUUGAAGCUCCUGUUAGCAUUGAUGUUUGGGUCCUUCUUUCUGCCUCACUCUCUCUCCUAUGUGCUAAGGUAGGGUAUGUGCCACCAUGGUCAGCUAACAGUUUGACUUUUGUGUUCACCAGUCAGUGUGGUAAAAUUGCUCAGGGUGUAGCUUGGUUUGUAGAGUGCUUGUUGGCACAUAUGAUGAAAUCCUGGGUUUCAUACAGCAUAAACCAGCAUGGUGGUGCAUGCCUGUAACCCCAGCACUUAGGAGGUGGAGGCACUAGGAUUAGAGCAGUGUAGGGUUAAGCUGGGUGUGGUGGUGCAGGCUUUUAAUCCCAGAACAAGAAGCAAAGUUAGCAGAGGUAGGUGAGUUUGAGGUCAACCUAAUCUAUAUAGUUCCAGGUCAGCUAGGCUACAUAGUGAGUCUGUAUGUCUCAAAAACACAAAUAAACGAAAUCCUCAAGUCCAGCAACAGAAAAACAAGCAGUGUGCCCAUUUUUAACAGUGGUGACUGACUGUCAGUUUUAAGUUGUUUUGCCAGCUGGGUAUGCUUCACUGGCUCAGGAAGCAGGUGGCUACAUGACAGUUGCUGCAUCACCUGUGACAGUGGGAGGUGUCAAUCAGGGACAUCUGAUGUGCUUCUUGUGUGUCCUAAAAGUCUCAGGAGAAUUGCACGGUGGGCCAUCUCACUGUGCCCUUGGAGUUUAAAUCUGGAAUCAGGUGGACAUGUGUGGUGUUGAUGACAGCCACUGCUAUUUACUCCCCAGCUCAUCCUCUGUCAGCAAGAGGUUCAGUGACCUCUGUAGGUAUUGUCCUGUCGCUCCCUCCUUCUCUCUCGUACAUCGUCCUCUGUGCCCCUGGUGGGGCCUAGUGGGGCUGGAACCAACCUUAAACAAGAGAAAGGAUAUGGACAGAUGUGUGUAACCUUACUGCAGAUGUGGGGACCGAGCACAGUCUAGCCAGUGGUAAAAAGCCCAUCCCAGGGGUGGAUAUAGCUUAUAUCCUUGUAGCCCCUCCCCCAGUCACUGUUGAGUUCAUAAAGCUCCCUGAGGAGGAUGAGGCCAGCCUGGUUCUCUCGGAGCCUAUGGAGACCAGUGCCUGUAGCUCCAGUAAAGAUGUCUACUCCAGACCCACCCUUGGGUGGGACUCCUCGGCCUGGUCCUUCCCCAGGCCCUGGUCCUUCACCUGGUGCAAUGCUGGGUCCUAGCCCUGGCCCCUCACCAGGUUCUGCCCACAGCAUGAUGGGGCCAAGCCCAGGACCUCCUUCAGCAGGACAUCCCAUGCCCACCCAGGGGCCUGGAGGGUACCCCCAGGACAACAUGCAUCAGAUGCACAAGCCUAUGGAGUCCAUGCACGAGAAGGGCAUGCCUGAUGACCCACGAUACAACCAGAUGAAAGGGAUGGGCAUGCGGUCAGGGGCCCACACAGGCAUGGCACCUCCACCUAGUCCCAUGGACCAGCAUUCUCAAGGUUACCCCUCACCCCUCGGCGGCUCUGAACAUGCCUCCAGUCCUGUCCCAGCCAGUGGCCCAUCUUCAGGCCCCCAGAUGUCCUCUGGGCCAGGAGGGGCCCCACUAGAUGGUUCUGAUCCCCAGGCCUUGGGACAGCAAAACAGAGGCCCAACCCCAUUUAACCAGAACCAGCUGCAUCAACUCAGAGCUCAGAUAAUGGCCUACAAGAUGUUGGCCAGGGGCCAGCCAUUGCCCGACCACCUGCAGAUGGCCGUGCAAGGCAAGCGGCCGAUGCCUGGAAUGCAGCAACAGAUGCCAACACUACCUCCACCCUCAGUGUCCGCCACAGGACCCGGACCUGGACCCGGCCCUGGCCCUGGCCCUGGCCCAGGACCAGCCCCUCCAAAUUACAGUAGACCCCAUGGUAUGGGAGGGCCCAACAUGCCUCCCCCAGGACCCUCAGGUGUGCCCCCCGGGAUGCCUGGUCAGCCGCCUGGAGGGCCUCCCAAGCCAUGGCCUGAAGGACCCAUGGCCAAUGCUGCUGCCCCCACAAGCACCCCACAGAAGCUGAUUCCUCCGCAACCAACAGGCCGUCCUUCACCUGCACCUCCUGCUGUCCCGCCUGCUGCCUCACCUGUAAUGCCACCACAAACACAGUCCCCAGGGCAGCCAGCCCAGCCUGCUCCAUUGGUGCCACUGCACCAGAAGCAGAGCCGAAUCACCCCCAUCCAGAAGCCCCGAGGCCUUGACCCUGUGGAGAUCCUACAAGAGCGGGAGUACAGGCUUCAGGCUCGAAUCGCACACAGAAUUCAGGAACUUGAAAACCUCCCUGGGUCCCUGGCUGGGGACCUUCGAACCAAAGCAACCAUCGAACUCAAGGCCCUUAGGUUGCUGAACUUCCAGAGGCAGCUGCGCCAGGAGGUGGUGGUGUGCAUGCGAAGAGACACAGCCCUGGAGACAGCCCUCAAUGCCAAGGCCUACAAGCGCAGCAAACGUCAGUCACUACGGGAGGCCCGCAUCACUGAGAAGUUGGAGAAGCAGCAGAAGAUUGAACAGGAGCGCAAGCGCCGCCAGAAGCACCAGGAGUACCUCAACAGCAUUCUGCAGCAUGCCAAGGACUUCAGGGAGUAUCACAGAUCAGUCACAGGCAAACUCCAGAAACUCACCAAGGCUGUGGCCACCUACCAUGCCAACACUGAGCGGGAGCAGAAGAAAGAAAAUGAGCGCAUUGAGAAGGAGCGAAUGCGGAGGCUUAUGGCUGAAGAUGAGGAGGGCUACCGCAAACUCAUUGACCAGAAGAAGGACAAGCGCCUGGCCUACCUUCUGCAGCAGACAGAUGAGUAUGUGGCCAACCUCACAGAGCUGGUGCGGCAGCACAAAGCUGCCCAGGUUGCCAAGGAGAAGAAGAAGAAAAAGAAAAAGAAGAAGGCAGAAAAUGCUGAAGGACAGACACCUGCUAUUGGACCAGAUGGUGAGCCUCUGGAUGAGACCAGCCAGAUGAGUGACCUCCCUGUGAAGGUGAUCCACGUGGAGAGUGGCAAGAUCCUCACUGGCACAGAUGCCCCAAAAGCCGGGCAGCUGGAAGCCUGGCUUGAAAUGAACCCAGGGUAUGAAGUAGCCCCCAGGUCAGACAGUGAAGAAAGUGGCUCUGAAGAGGAGGAGGAGGAGGAGGAAGAGGAGCAGCCUCAGCCCGCACAGCCCCCUACACUGCCUGUGGAAGAAAAGAAGAAGAUUCCAGACCCAGACAGCGAUGAUGUCUCUGAGGUGGACGCCCGACACAUUAUUGAGAACGCCAAGCAAGAUGUGGACGAUGAGUACGGUGUGUCCCAGGCCCUUGCUCGUGGCCUGCAGUCUUACUAUGCUGUGGCCCAUGCAGUCACAGAGAGAGUAGAUAAGCAGUCCGCCCUCAUGGUCAACGGUGUCCUCAAACAGUACCAGAUCAAGGGUUUGGAGUGGCUGGUGUCCCUGUACAACAACAACCUGAAUGGCAUCCUGGCUGAUGAGAUGGGGCUGGGGAAGACCAUCCAGACCAUCGCGCUCAUCACAUACCUCAUGGAGCACAAGCGCAUCAACGGGCCUUUCCUCAUCAUCGUGCCUCUCUCGACACUGUCAAACUGGGCGUAUGAAUUUGACAAGUGGGCCCCCUCUGUGGUGAAGGUUUCUUACAAGGGCUCUCCAGCUGCAAGGCGAGCUUUUGUCCCACAGCUUCGCAGUGGGAAGUUCAACGUCUUACUGACCACCUAUGAAUAUAUCAUCAAAGACAAGCAUAUCCUAGCCAAGAUCCGCUGGAAGUACAUGAUUGUGGAUGAAGGCCACCGCAUGAAAAACCACCACUGCAAGUUGACGCAGGUCCUUAACACACACUACGUGGCCCCUCGGCGCCUGCUUCUUACAGGCACACCACUGCAGAACAAGCUACCGGAGCUCUGGGCCCUGCUUAACUUCCUGCUCCCCACUAUCUUCAAGAGCUGCAGCACCUUCGAACAGUGGUUCAAUGCACCCUUUGCCAUGACUGGAGAAAAGGUGGACCUGAAUGAAGAGGAGACUAUCCUCAUUAUUCGUCGCCUACACAAAGUUCUGCGGCCCUUCCUGCUGCGGCGGCUCAAGAAGGAAGUUGAAGCCCAGCUCCCUGAGAAGGUAGAGUAUGUCAUCAAAUGCGACAUGUCAGCCCUGCAGCGUGUGCUGUACCGUCACAUGCAGGCCAAAGGUGUGCUGCUGACUGACGGCUCCGAGAAGGACAAGAAGGGCAAAGGUGGCACCAAGACACUGAUGAACACUAUUAUGCAACUGCGUAAGAUCUGCAACCACCCCUACAUGUUCCAGCACAUCGAGGAGUCCUUUUCUGAGCACUUGGGGUUCACCGGCGGCAUCGUGCAAGGAUUGGACCUUUACCGUGCCUCAGGGAAAUUUGAACUUCUUGAUAGAAUUCUACCCAAACUCCGUGCAACGAACCAUAAAGUGCUCCUCUUUUGCCAAAUGACCUCCCUCAUGACCAUCAUGGAAGACUACUUUGCAUACCGUGGCUUCAAAUACCUCAGGCUUGAUGGAACCACAAAAGCAGAAGACCGGGGCAUGCUGUUGAAAACCUUUAAUGAACCUGGCUCUGAGUAUUUCAUUUUCCUGCUCAGUACCCGUGCUGGGGGGCUGGGCCUGAAUCUGCAGUCAGCUGACACUGUGAUCAUCUUUGACAGUGACUGGAAUCCCCACCAGGACCUGCAAGCACAGGAUCGAGCCCAUCGCAUUGGACAGCAGAAUGAGGUGCGUGUUCUUCGCCUGUGCACGGUCAACAGUGUGGAAGAGAAGAUACUGGCUGCUGCCAAAUACAAACUCAAUGUGGAUCAGAAGGUGAUCCAGGCAGGCAUGUUCGACCAGAAGUCGUCCAGCCAUGAGAGGCGUGCCUUCCUGCAGGCCAUCCUGGAGCACGAGGAGCAGGAUGAGAGCAGACACUGCAGCACGGGCAGCGGCAGUGCCAGCUUCGCCCACACUGCCCCUCCGCCAGCGGGCGUCAACCCCGACUUGGAGGAGCCACCUCUAAAGGAGGAAGAUGAGGUGCCUGAUGAUGAGACCGUCAACCAGAUGAUUGCCCGGCACGAAGAAGAGUUUGACCUCUUCAUGCGCAUGGACUUGGACCGCCGGCGUGAAGAAGCCCGCAACCCCAAGCGGAAGCCACGCCUGAUGGAAGAGGAUGAGCUCCCAUCCUGGAUCAUCAAGGAUGAUGCCGAGGUGGAGCGGCUGACAUGUGAAGAGGAAGAGGAGAAGAUGUUCGGCCGUGGUUCUCGCCACCGCAAGGAGGUAGACUACAGCGACUCACUGACAGAGAAGCAGUGGCUCAAGACCCUGAAGGCUAUCGAGGAGGGCACGCUGGAGGAGAUCGAAGAGGAGGUCCGGCAGAAGAAAUCUUCACGUAAGCGUAAGCGAGACAGCGAGGCCGGCUCCUCCACCCCGACCACCAGCACCCGCAGCCGUGACAAGGAUGAGGAGAGCAAGAAGCAGAAGAAACGUGGGCGGCCACCUGCUGAGAAGCUGUCCCCAAACCCACCUAACCUCACCAAGAAGAUGAAGAAGAUCGUGGAUGCUGUGAUCAAGUACAAAGACAGCAGCAGUGGACGUCAGCUCAGCGAGGUGUUCAUCCAGCUCCCCUCUCGCAAGGAGCUUCCUGAGUACUAUGAGCUCAUCCGAAAGCCUGUGGACUUCAAGAAGAUCAAGGAACGCAUCCGAAACCACAAGUACCGCAGCCUCAAUGACCUGGAGAAGGAUGUGAUGCUGCUGUGCCAGAACGCUCAGACGUUCAACCUCGAGGGUUCCCUGAUCUAUGAGGACUCCAUCGUCCUGCAGUCUGUCUUCACCAGCGUACGGCAGAAGAUUGAGAAGGAGGACGACAGUGAAGGCGAGGAAAGCGAGGAGGAGGAGGAGGGCGAGGAGGAAGGCUCCGAGUCUGAGUCCCGCUCCGUCAAGGUGAAGAUCAAGCUGGGCCGCAAGGAGAAGGCCCAGGACCGACUCAAGGGGGGCCGCCGGCGGCCAAGCCGGGGAUCCCGGGCCAAGCCGGUUGUGAGUGACGAUGACAGUGAGGAGGAGCAGGAGGAGGACCGCUCAGGAAGUGGCAGUGAGGAAGACUGAACCAGACAUUCCUGAGUCCUGACCCCGAGGCGCUCGUCCCAGCCAAGAUGGAGUAGCCCUUAGCAGUGAUGGGUAGCACCAGAUGUAGUUUCGAACUUGGAGAACUGUACACAUGCAAUCUUCCACAUUUUUAGGCAGAGAAGUAUAGGCCUGUCUGUCGGCCCUGGCCUGGCCUCGAGUCUCUACCAGCAUUAACUGUCUAGAGAGGGGACCUCCUGGGAGCACCAUCCACCUCCCCAGGCCCCAGUCACUGUAGCUCAGUGGAUGCAUGCGCGUGCCGGCCGCUCCUUGUACUGUAUCUUACUGGACAGGGCCAGCUCUCCAGGAGGCUCACAGGCCCAGCGGGUAUGUCAGUGUCACUGGAGUCAGACAGUAAUAAAUUAAAGCAAUGACAAGCCA